AUGUCGGGGCCCCCAGUAUCAGUCGCCGCCACCGCGGCCACCGCCGCCACCCCCGCCAACAGAAUAGGCCGCCGCCAGGCGAGAGCCGCCACUGCCGCCACCGCCGCCACUGCCGCCACUGCCGCCACCGCCGCCACCGCGGCCACCGCCGCCACCCCGGCCACCAGAAUAAUAGGCCGCCGCCAAGUGAGAGCCGCCACUGCCGCCACCGCCGCCACAGCCGCCACUGCCGCCACCGCCGCCACUGCCGCCACCGCCGCCACCGCGGCCACCGCCGCCACCCCCGCCAACAGAAUAGGCCGCCGCCAGGCGAGAGCCGCCACUGUCGCCACCGCCGCCACUGCCGCCACUGCCGCCACCGCCGCCACCGCCGCCACCGCGGCCACCGCCGCCACCCCGGCCACCAGAAUAAUAGGCCGCCGCCAAGUGAGAGCCGCCACUGCCGCCACCGCCGCCACAGCCGCCACUGCCGCCACCACCGCCACCGCGGCUACCGCCGCCACCCCGGCCACCAGAAUAAUAGGCCGCCGCCAGGUGAGAGCCGCCACUGCCGCCACCGCCGCCACUGCCGCCACCGCCGCCACCGUGGCCACCGCCGCCACCCCCGCUAACAGAAUAGGCCGCCGCCAGGCAAGAGCCGCCACUGCCGCCACCGCCGCCACUGCCGCCACUGCCGCCACCGCCGCCACCGCCGCCACCGCGGCCACCAGAAUAAUAGGCCGCCGCCAGGUGAGAGCCGCCACUGCCGCCACCGCCGCCACUGCCGCCACCGCCGCCACUGCCGCCACUGCCGCCACUGCCGCCACCGCCGCCACCCCGGCCACCAGAAUAGGCCACCGCCAGGCAAGAGCCGCCACUGCCGCCACCGCCGCCACUGCAGCCACUGCCGCCACUGCCGCCACCGCCGCCACCGCUGCCACCGCGGCCACCGCCGCCACCCCGGCUACCAGAAUAGGCCGCCGCCAGGCGAGAGCCGCCACUGCCGCCACUGCCGCCACCGCCGCCACCGCGGCCACCGCCGCCACCCCCGCCACCAGAAUAGGCCGCCUCCAGGCGAGAGCCGCCAAUUGCGCCACCGCCGCCACCGCUGCCACCGCCGCCACUCCCGCCACCGCCGCUACUCCCGCCACCGCUGCCACUCCCGCUACCGCCGCUACUGCCGCCACCGCCGCCACUGCUGCCACCGCCGUCACCAAAAUAGGCCGCCUCUAUGCGAGAGCCGCCACGGCCGCCACUGCCGCCACCGCCGCCACUGCUGCCACCGCCGCCACUGCUGCCACCGCCGCCACUGCCGCCACCGCCGCCACCGCCGCUACUCCCGCCACUGUAAUAGGCCGCUUCUACUAGUAGGCGAGACACGAUGAGUGAUGUGUCCCCGUCCCAAAAUAGAUUUUAAGCAAUCUCAGUAGUGUUUAAAAUGAAAUUAGGCUAAAGGAUUAAUAUAUUUAAUAUUUUAUUAGGUGGAGGGAUGUAAUAUAUACGAUUAGCGUAUGCUUUCAUGUGUGCGUGGCUGCGCC